CGCUCUCCGCUCCCCGGCCUGUGAGCCGAGCGGUGGAGCGCCUAAGAGCGCAUGCGCAAAAGAAUAACUCGAGGAAAGCACGGGCAGGCGACUGUUUUCCUUCCUGACUUUGCUGUUCUAGGUUGUGGUAGAUGUCAGUAGUGUCUGAUGGUGAUCAUUUUGGGAAAAGUCAAUCUUGUAGACUGGUGUAGCAUCUUCCCUUAUUAAUGAGAUGAGCCUGAUCAUACGUAACCUGCAGAGAGCCGUCCCCAUCCGGAGAGUGCCACUUCGCAAGAAUAUAGAACGACUGCGUUGCAUUUUGGGUGUGCAGCGGUUUGAUCUCGGGGUUAUCUGUGUUAGUAACAGGCACAUACAGCAGCUCAAUAGACAUUACAGGCAGAAGAACAUCCCUACCGAUGUCUUAUCUUUUCCUUUUCAUGAGAAUCUGAAAGCAGGAGAACUGCCACAACAUUUUGCUCAAGAUGAAUACAAUUUGGGAGACAUUUUUCUAGGAGUCGAAUAUAUUUAUCAACAAUGUGUACAAUACAAUGAAGAUUAUUACAAUAUUCUUACAGUGACAGUUGCUCAUGGCUUGUGCCAUUUGCUUGGGUAUAAGCACAGCACAAAAGCCGACUGGGAAGAGAUGUAUAAAAAGGAAGUACAAAUUCUCCAGGAGUUAAGCAGGUUGUCAGAUAUAAACUUCCAGCCGCUGACAAAAAACCACUUCUAGUUGAUAUAUCUGUAAAUUGACCCACAAAUAAAAGAGAGAGAGAGAGAGA